CUCAUUUUGGAGGCUAUUAUAACCUCUAGGUGAACAUAAGGGAGCUUUGUUACUAAUAUCCAAGUGUUCUUUCAUCGCAGCUGAUGUCCCCACGAGACCAUUGUUGAUCACCUGUUGGAACACACAAAGCUAGGACUACGCUCUACUACAAUCAGUUAUUUAUUUGCUGGAAUUCCUAUGCCAAAAAGAUAAGUCCUCUUAGGAUUUCAAGUCGCCUGUCGCCAACAUGCAGUAUACACCCUUCGCCUCUGAUAUAGAACUUCCUUUCUAUACGUCCUUAGCUUCGCUGAAGAUAAACCAUGACAAACUUGAUGACUCCGCUCGUAAGCUGCUUGGGCUUUAUGAGAUCAGAUCUGCUGAUCGCCCGGAGGCUUCAUGCCGUAUGCAAAUUCAUGGAACUGCGUUGACCCGAGAUGAAGUACCAUUUGGCUACUAUAGGGCAGAAGGGAUGAUAAAGAAUGUCAACACCAUUGAAGAAUACCACAAUAUUGACAGGAAUGCCCUUUUGCUACAAACUGGAAAGAUGAUAUGGGAUGCAAUCAAUGAUGAGACCAUUUAUUCAUGCCCAUCCUUGUUAGUUUCAUUCAUUGUGCUUUCAUUUGCGGAUCUGAAAAAGUAUAAAUUUUCAUAUUGGUUUGCUUUUCCUGCAAUCCAUUCCGCACCGUCAUGGACAUCCGUAAUGGAUCCGAAGCCGUUGACAGGCAACGAAAGUUCUACCCUCGUUGACGCAGUUCAAACAUGGCGAUAUGGAGUUGAUGCCCGCCAACACGGGUUCUUUCUUGCUAGGAAGGAUUGGCACAUGGUCAACAGUCCAUCGGACGGCGCUGUGUUUAACAAAGAGCAUGUCGAUAACCAGCAAUCUUUAUCACCAAUUGCUAAAGAACUCGGCUUUUCCUGGAAAAUUUCAUCCAUUUCAGACUUUGAAACCGGAUUUUUCCGCGAUGCUUUGCCUGAGGAUUGUUUUGUGUGCUUCGCUGAUCCAUCGAACUACCCAGAUGCUCCAGGUUGGAUGUUGAGGAACCUGUUGGUUCUCGUCCGCCAGCGAUGGAAGCUUAACGAAGUCUACAUUCUUAGAUAUCGUGAUGUUCAAUCGAAAAGGGAUCAAGGGCGAAGUGUUGUCUUAAAAUUGAGAUCAGAUACAGCUCAUCCCGACCCGAAUGACUCGCGGCUCGGGUCUCAAAUGCCCAUGCCCAAAGUCACUGGGUGGGAACGAAACGCUGCGGGGAAAUUAACCGGAAGAGUCACUAACCUCACAGAAUAUAUGGAUCCUAGAAGGCUGGCUGAUCAAUCGGUGGACCUGAAUUUGAAACUUAUGAAGUGGAGGAUCAGCCCUAACCUGAAUCUCGAGAAUAUUAAAAAUACAAAAUGUCUCCUGCUGGGCGCAGGGACUCUGGGAAGCUACGUUGCGCGCAAUUUAUUGGGAUGGGGUGUUCGAAAAAUUACGUUUGUAGAUAAUGGAACAGUGUCAUUCUCCAACCCCGUGAGACAACCACUUUUUGGAUUUAAUGACUGCUUGGGAGGGGGGGCUAAAAAAGCCCUUCGCGCAGCCGCCGCUCUUGAAGAAAUCUAUCCAGGUGUCGACGCAUCUGGUUAUGUGCUCUCCGUCCCAAUGCCAGGCCAUCCAAUAACCGAUGCUUCGAAGGCCGAACUAGAAUUUAAAGAACUCAAGAAGCUCGUUGAUGAACACGAUGCGAUCUUUGUUCUGUUGGAUACUCGAGAGGCCCGGUGGUUACCAACCGUCAUGGGAAAGGCAACCGGGAAGAUAGUGAUGAAUGCAGCGCUGGGUUUCGACACGUAUGUUGUAAUGCGUCACGGGGUUGAAAAUUGCUCGGCGCCAGAGACAGAACUGGGAUGUUACUUUUGUAAUGAUGUUGUUGCUCCAGCUGAUUCUAUUAAGGACCAAACAUUAGACCAGCAAUGCACAGUAACUCGUCCCGGUAUAGCUGCAAUAGCAUCUGCUUUGUUAGUUGAGUUGUUUGUAUCUGUUUUGCAGCAUCCAGGUGGUCCAGCAGCUCCUGCAUCCAUCCCCAAACAAGAAAGUCGGAUCGAUCACCCUCUUGGAAUUGUACCUCAUCAAAUUAGAGGCUUCUUGUCUAAUUUUUCGAACGUGAUCGUGUCCGGGAAGAGCUACAACUGUUGUAGUGCUUGUUCGGGUAACAUAAUGGAUGCCUACAAAAACCAUGGGUGGGAUUUCGUUCGUAAGGCAGUAAAUGAACGUGAUUAUGUUGAAGAGUUGAGCGGUUUGAAAGAGAUCCAGCGUGUAGCCGAAGAGGCCUCAGCUUCCAUUGAUUUCGAGUCGAGCGAUUUCGAAGAAGGCGAUGGAGAAAUGAUUUAGGAUAUAAGAAUAAAUGACUAAUGCAUACAUAUUCUUUGCAUGCCAAUUUCUGGGCACAGAUAAUACGCCACUGUGGGUUUAACUGCUGUUUGAUCCGUAUGAACUAGAGGUGCGGAGGACGGCGUCUUUGGCAGCAUUUUGUUUCCGUCUUAAACCAAUAAAGUAUGCCUCUUUUGAUUCCUAGAAGAAAAGUUAGCAAGAGAUCAAAGCCAGCGGACUUCCUGUAAACAUACACUACGAGACGAUUCUGGUUUCUCCCGAUGGACGGUCUGGAAUAGUUCUUUCAACUGCUUUUCCAGUGCCUUAUCUUCGGCCCCUUGAUAGAACUUGCAAACGAAAUGACCCCCGGUUUUUAAAACGUUGAAACUAAAUUCGAGCGCCGCUCUACAGAGGUCCUGUUUCAGGGUUUUCUCAUUAGUAACGGGAAGAAAGAAAGACUGAUAGGAGAUUAGUUUCAAUCAUACCAUGCUUCCGGCAUGAUCUCGAAAGCUCAUUCCGCUCGUGUUCAU